CGUGCGAGCGGCCAGCCGGCUGCAUGGCGCGCUGCGAGCAGCUUCACGGCGCGGGCCUGCGCGACGUGCUGGGCCGGACGCAGGGCGUCCUGUUCGACUGCGACGGGGUGUUGUGGAACGGCGAGCGCGCCGUGCCCGGUGCCCCGCAGCUGCUGGAGCGGCUGGCCCGGGCCGGCAAGGCGACGCUAGAGCUACAACUAGUGUGUCCCAAGGACUGUGGUGUAAUGGCUGGAACCCGGCCUGUGAGCACUGACCUGAUCUCCUGUCCUGCAGGCACAGGGAGCCUGGCCGCCGCGGUGGAGACAGCCUCAGGCCGCCAGGCCCUGGUGGUGGGCAAGCCCAGCCCCUACAUGUUUGAGUGCAUCACGGAGCACGUCCCCAUGGACCCCGCCCGCACGCUCAUGGUGGGGGAUCGCCUGGAGACCGACAUCCUCUUCGGCCACCGCUGCGGCAUGACCACCGUGCUCACACUCACGGGCGUCUCACGCCUGGAGGAGGCCCAGGCCUACCUAGCGGCUGGCCAGCACGACCUGGUGCCCCAUUACUAUGUGGAGAGCAUCGCGGACUUGAUGGACGGGCUGGGGGACUGAGCCCACUGACCUGUCGCGCUCCCUCCCGCCCCCUGAGCCCCCUAGACAGACGCGGGGCUCAUGCCUUGUGAACCACGUUCUAUGCCGUGGGUGCCCUGGCCUGUCUCUUCACCUUGGUGGGGUUGGGACCCAGGGGCGGUUUGCCCUGACAGUGGCUGGGCCCUGCUGUUCCAAGGCUCCCCUGGCCUGACCCAACCAGGUGGCCUUAUUUGCUGCCCUGUCCCCUGCCCUCUGCGAAAAAUGGGCCCUGGUGCCCACCGAAGGUUCCCUGACCCUGAACACUUGAUUUCCUCCCUGUCUCUAGGUCCCCCGGGAGCCCUGCCACCACCAGGGGGCCCUCCAGCUCCGGCUGGCCAGUCGGAGGUCUGGGUAGCUACAGCCAUUGUCUUAGGAAACCAAAGGAGGACGAGUGACAGACAGUGAGUCCCUGCCAUCAGUCCCGAGAGGAGCAGUGACCCCCGCCUGUCCUCAGUGCACCAAUCAGAAGCCAAGCUAUGGCCCUCCUUGCAUGUCCGAGGACCUGGGGACACCGAGUAACCACCCACUGGUCUCUUAGACCCCCUGUAGAACAGUGUGGAAGUCCGGGAGACGGUGGCUCCUUGGCAGUCUGCAAUUGGCUGCACAGGCCAAGGAGUCCAGAUUUCAGUAAAUAAAUAUGGGGCUGAGUAUGAAGACACUCCUCCACAAAGCUUGGGGACCUCGGGGCUGCUGUGGAGAGCUCCAUCCCUCUAUGGCCCCUGUCCAGUGUUGACAGUGGCCACAGCUGGGCAGGCGGUCUGCCCCCCCCCCAGCCCCUGCGUCAGUGUUGUGUCACCUUCCCCAAGCCCAUGUCCAGCUAUUUAUUUAUUUAUUAUGUGCCAGUAGGUGGGGGCUGGGCCCUCCCACUCCCUCUCCCGGUUGUAACCAGUCCUUAAUAAAGUGCCCGUGGGAGUGU